AAGCAGAGAAGCGCUCACAUUCCAAGAGGUCUCUGCGACUGCUCUGGCCAUGCUUGCUGCCGCUCUGCACCUCCCGAGUUUUCUGCUGGCUUGCGCGCUCCUGAAGAGCUGCGUGGCAUUCAAAAACGAUGCAACCGAGGUCCUUUAUACCCACGUUGUCAAAACUGUCCCAGCCGGCAGCCACAACAACACCAUGAAUCAAGCGAGGCACGGAGGCAGGCAUGCAGGAUUCGAUCAGAGCAGUCGAGUUCAAGUUGGCUGUAGGGAAUUGAGAUCAACAAAAUAUAUUUCAGAUGGUCAAUGUACUAGCAUAAACCCUUUGAAAGAGUUAGUAUGUGCUGGGGAAUGCCUUCCUUUGCCAGUGCUACCUAACUGGAUUGGGGGAGGUUAUGGAUCCAAGUACUGGAGCAGAAGAAGCUCACAGGAAUGGAGAUGUGUCAAUGACAAAACUCGCACCCAGAGGAUUCAGCUGCAGUGUCAAGAUGGAAGCACCAGAACCUACAAAGUAACUGUGGUUACAGCUUGUAAGUGUAAACGAUACACAAGACAACACAAUGAAUCAAGCCAUAACUUCGAAGGAGCAACUCAAGCCAAGCCAAACCAACAUCAUAAAGAAAGAAAAAAGAACAGUAAAACCACAAUGCAAUCUCCAAGUUAGAACUUAAUGUAUGUGGAGAGUGCAUGUUCGUGUGUGUAUAUGUGUAUGCGGGCACACACAUACAUAUAUACAUACAUACAUACACAAAAACCCUUAUUAAUGACUCUCUGUUUUACAGAUGUCACUACCUAACAAAAGCCCUCUGAUGUUGUGGUUGCUUCUUCAGUGGGUAUAUACAUUUGUGGCUUUGACCAAACUCAGAAGGGCAUUCUUUUCUGAAGGAUUUUUUAGAGGUGACCUUCAUAUUUUAAAGCUGGCCUAUAAGCCAACAGUUUAUAUAUGCAUAUCUAAAUAAAGCAAAUGAAUAUUAUUGCCAUGGGAAGUCAAAUAUUUUAUACUGCAGACAGCAGCUAUUCUGAAUUUUUCAGGGGCACUUUUCAGAUCACACAUUUUCUUGGCAGCAAAGAUAUCUUAUUUAAAAUAAGUGUUUUAAUUAGAUUCAUUAGAGUGAAAUUAAAACAUUUAUUUUAAACAAGAUGUCAGUUUGUUGGGAUUAUUUCUCCCCAUAAUACAACUAUACGAACAAAUUGCUCAACAAAAAGAAAAAAAAUAAAGCAGGAAAAAAAUGAAAUUUGAAUAAAAUGUAUUUAUUUGACAUUGUAAUUAUUUAAUGAAUUUUAAUAUGCUUUCUAUUUUUUAAGAUGGCUGUCUGAUAUCUUUACCAUUCUUUAGAGCAGCAAAAUAUUUUCCUAUGAUUUGUUACCAAAUUAGAAUAUAUAUUUGUAGAUAAUGUAAAUAGAUAUUUUAAUCUUUAUAUUUUUUCUUUACAAAGAAACACAGUUCAAAUAAGAAAUUUUAAAAUGUUUUGUAAAUAUUUUGUAAAAUACAUUUUUGCAGUCCAAAUAUUGACUUGUCAAUUUCUUCCAUUUUAAUUAAAAAUUCCAAUAACAAUGCCUUUCAUUUUCUUUGGUGUAAUAAAAUAAGUGGUAUGAUAGUAUGGUAUAUACUAUAGUAACAGAGCACAUGCAAAAUACACUUUCUGGUAAUGCAAAGCGAAUGUAUUGAGCUAGGUAACCAAUUAGUUAAUUCAUACAAUGACCUGGCAAUAAUUUUUCUUGCAUCAUUUCUACAUCAGGAGACUUAAGUAAUAUGAAAAAUGAGCAUUGCCCAACAGAGAAAACUAUAUUGAAAGUUCACUCCACAGUCUUUUUUUGAGAUGAUAUCCUCAAUGGUAGGGAAAAUUCAUUAAGGGAGCUACUUCAGUGGCCUUCCAGAUAUAUAUCCGAACAUAUAUGAAAGACAAUUGUGCUGUCAUUGGCAUAACAGCAAAUUAAUUGAAAUGAUUCAUGGAAUGAUUGCAUGGUCUUAAAUCUGAUGUUCACUAUUGUAUUUGUACCUCACUGGAACUGAACUCAAAUAUUCCUGUUUAAAAAUAAAACUAUUUUGUCCUGGUAUCAGGUUUAGAGAUAGAUAGAGUCAAGAGAAAGACUGAUCAUUUUCUUGGAUUCUUUGUUCAAAUUCUUGGGUAUGACCAACAUAGUCAUUUUUAUUCCCCUCAGCUUUACUACAAAAAAACAGCAAUGUUUAUUCCAAUACAUUUUUUGCAACAUUCACCACAUACACUAAGAUUCAUGAAUACUCUAAAUUUUUAAAAAGGAACACUGUCAUUUCCACAGCUGCAAAACAGUUGUGCAUCUUAGUAUAAAUAUUACCAAAAUGACUUGUAUCUUAAACAAUUAUUUCUCUGUACAGAUAGUUCUCACCUUACAACCAUUUAGUAAACAAAAUUACAAUUGCAAAAAAAAAUUAUGGUAGUUAUUACUGGUUUUCACACUUAUGACUGUUGAAGCACCCCCAUGGUUACAUAAUCAAAACUCAUAUGCUUGCAACUGGCAUAUACUUACGUUUGCAAUGUCUCAAGGUAAUGUGAUCACCUUAUGCAAACUGAUGAGCAAAAGCAGGGGGAAGUUAAAUAUACUUAACAAUUGUGUUACUAAAUUAAGAACUGCAUGAUUCACUUAAGAACUCUGGCAAGAAAGAUUGUAAAAUGGGAGCAAAAUUCACUUAACAAAUGAAAAUUUUAGGCUCAAUUGUGGUCAUAGGUUGUACACUACCUGUAAUCCCACUUUUAAUAGAUUACAUUUAACUGCUAUUUAUAUGGACCAUUCUUAAAAUGUAUCAGAGAUUGUCUAGAAAUACUGUUUUCAAAAAACCUG